GGCGGUGAUGGGAGUCCCAAAAUGGCUGCGCCCGUCUGAGAACUUUGGAGGGAGACCGCGCUGCUGCUCCUGCUGCUGCUGUCGCUAUUCAGGGAGAGACACGGGGAAGAGCCGCUGGAGCCGAGGCCCGCAGCCGACCGCGCUUUCCUGUGUCCCUCAGGCUUGGGCCAAUGCUGAACAAAGUUUGGAAUUGGGAAAUAAUGUUGAUAUUUGGAACUCAUGUCGAACAUCUAUGAAGAGAGGGUAACAAUGAUUGCAGCAGGGGAUUUGCAGGAGUUUGUCCCUUUUGGCCGUGACCACUGCAAGCACCAUCCUAAUGCGCUGAACCUGCAACUUCGGCAGCUGCAACCAGCCUCAGAACUUUGGUCCUCGGAUGGAGCAGCUGGUUUGGUGGGAUCCCUUCAGGAAGUGACAAUCCAUGAGAAACACAAGGAAAGUUGGCAGUUAAGGAAGGGCAUCAGUGAUGUUGGGGAAGAAGUAGAAUAUGAUGAAGAGCUGUAUGUGGCCGGCAAUAUGGUCAUUUGGAGCAGAGGGAGUAAAAACCAAGCUUCUGCAGUGUACAAAGCAUUUACUGUUGACAGCCCUGUUCUGCAGGCAUUGUGGUGUGAUUUCUCUAUACCCCAGGAUAAGUCUGACAAAACAGAAGAUUGUAACGAAGUAGUAGAAAAGUGUAUCUGUAUAUUACAGAGCUCUUGCAUAAAUAUCCACAGCAUUGAAGGAAAGGACCACAUUGCUUCUCUGCCCUUUCAGGUAGCCAAUGUGUGGCCAACAAAAUACGGCUUGUUGUUUGAACGUAGUAGUUCUUCGCACGAAGUGCCUCUAAGUCCAACCAGAGAACCUUUGCCCACCAUGUUCAGCAUGCUACAUCCGUUGGAUGAAAUAACACCAAUGGUUUGUAAGUCAGGAGCAGGUUUGUUUGGCUCUGCCAGAGUACAGUAUGUUGCCGACUACGCUAUGAGAAUUGUUUUCCUCAAUGCUGAGCCUUCCAUCCUAAUGACGUAUGAUGCCACUCAGAGUUUACAUACCAUCUGGGCACUUCGUAGAGUAAAAGCAGAGGAGCAGAGUGCUGUCUUAAAGUUUUCCGAGCAGGUGGGGACCCCGCAGCCUGUAGCCACCAAUAGCUCCUUCACUGCCCACCUUAGGAAUCUGUCUAAGGGUGACUCACCUGUGGCUUCCCCAUUCCAGAACUAUUCCUCUAUUCACAGUCAAAGCAGGUCGGCAUCGUCCCCCAGCAUCCACUCCCGCUCACCUUCCAUAUCCAACAUGGCUGCUCUGAGCCGAUCUCACUCCCCGGCCUUAGGGGUGCAUUCUUUCUCAGGAGUCCAGAGGUUCAACUUCUCCAGUCACAUGCAGUCCCCCAAGAGGCACAGUGCCUUCCAUUCUCCAAGCAGUGCGACUGACUCCUUCCUUGCCCCAGAAACUGAGCUCAUUGUUCCAGAGCUGUGCAUAGACCAUCUAUGGACUGAGGCCUUCACUACCUCGAGAGAGAAGAACUGUCAAGCCUCCAAAGUAUUUAUUACAACUGACCUUUGCGGGCAAAGGUUUCUUUGCUACUUAGUGGAGUCUCAGCUUCAGUUGCGCUGUGUAAAGUUUCAACAGAGUAAUGACAUGUCACAGUUGAUCUUUGGCUCCGUUACUAACAUCCAGGCAAAGGAUGCUGCUCCAGUUGAAAGCAUCGACACAAUGCUGGUUCUGGAAGGUAAUGGAAACUUAAUCCUCUACACUGGAGUAGUUCGGGUAGGAAAGGUUUUCAUACCUGGUUUGCCGGCUCCAUCACUGACGAUGUCAAAUCAAAUGCCUCGCCCAAGCACUCCUUUGGACAGUAUCAACACCCCUUCCAAGUCUUUGAAUAAGCACCUUGGACCCUUAGAUGAGCAUGGAGCGUUGUCCCCUGUUCCAGAACUGAGGGAUUCUUCCAAACUUCAAGAUUCCUCUUAUAUUGAUGAUUGUACUUUUCAGCAACUUGCAACUUUUGUUCAUUCUGUGAGAGAUCCUGUCCAGAACAGAGUGACUCUGGAACUCAGCAAUGGCUCCAUGGUUAGAAUUUCCAUACCAGAAAUUGCAACUUCAGAAUUAGUCAAAAGAUGUUUACAAGGUAUUAAGUGUAUCCUGCCCAAAGAAGUAGCCGUUCAAAUGCUUGUCAGGUGGUAUAAUGCUUACAAUGCACCGGGCGGACCAAGUUACUACUCGGAGUGGAAUUUAUUUGUUACCUGCCUCAUGAACAUGAUGGGCUACAACACGGACAGAGUGGCAUGGACUCGUAAUCUUGAUUUUGAAGGAUCCCUUUCUCCAGUCAUUGCCCCCAAGAAAGCCCGGCCUUCAGAGACAGGAUCAGAUGAAGACUGGGAAUAUCUGCUCAAUUCUGACUAUCAUAAAAAUGUUGAAUCGCACCCUUUGGCCAAAGCUCUCCGACUGGAUCCGCUGGAAGCAAAAUUUCCCAGAGACAACCUCUCGCAUAACCACUGCUUGGAUUCCACCACUCUUCUCUUCCCCCACAUUCCAGCUAUUUUCUCUGUGCUCCAUUUAAUCUAUGAGGAGCUCAAGCUGAAUUGCUUGAUGGGUGAAGGAAUUCAUUCUCUUGUUGUCCUUCUGGUUCAACUGGCAAGAGACUUGAAACUAGAAGCUUAUCUUGAUUAUUACUACAGAGACUAUCCAGUGCUUGUAAAGACCUCCAGUCAAGUGUGCGUAAUUGAUCCAGCCCAAACAGGUUUCAUGCAUCAUCCGUCCUUUUUUUCGGCUGAACCUCCAAGUAUCUUCCAGUGGCUAAGUUCCUGCCUGAAGGGAGAAAGUAUGCCACCCUACCCUUACUUGCCUGGAAUCUGUGAAAGGAGCAAACUAGUAGUGCUGAGUGUUGUGCUAUAUAUCCUUGGUGAUGAAAGAGCUGUUUCAAAUGAAGCAUCCAACUAUCUGUCCAGAAUAACUUCAGGGCAGCGAAAGCAACAAACUGAACAGGAGGAAUCUCGGUGCAGUUUUAGGCAUAGCACGUCUGCUUCCAGUCUUGCGGAAAAGCUAGUUGUCUGGAUGACAAAUGUAGGAUUCACCUUAAGAGAUCUGGAGUCCUUACCAUUUGGAGUCGCUCUUCCUAUCAGAGAUGCAAUAUAUCACUGCCGACAGCAGCCUGCCUCUGACUGGCCAGAAGCAGUCUGUCUUCUGAUUGGCCGUCAAGAUCUUUCCAAACAGGCGUGUGAGGGAAACUUGCCAAAGUGUAAAGCUUCUGACACCCAGGUGCUCUCGUCUGAAAUGCCCUCAACAGCAGAGUCAGAAGAGGAUGACGAUGGGAUGAAUGAUAUGAACCAGGAAGUGAUGUCGCUAAUAUGGAGUGAAGACCUGAGAGUGCAAGAGGUGCGCAGGCUUCUGCAGAGUGCCCACCCUGUCCGCGUCAAUGUAGUUCAGAUGCCAGAAGUCAGUGACCACGAAUAUAUAGAAGAAAAAGAAAACCGGCUACUGCAGCUGUGCCAGCGGACAAUGGCGCUGCCUUUGGGAAGAGGAAUGUUCACUUUGUUCUCUUAUCAUCCAGUUCCAACAGAACCGUUGCCUAUCCCGAAGUUGAACCUGACAGGCCGGGCUCCUCCUAGGAAUACCACAGUGGAUCUCAACAGCGGAAACAUAGAUGUGCCUCCUAACAUGGCUUGCUGGGCAAACUUUCACAAUGGUGUCGCUGCUGGACUGAAGAUAGCACCAGUGUCCCAAAUAGAUUCCGCAUGGAUUGUCUACAACAAACCCAAAAAUGCAGAACUAGCCAAUGAAUAUGCAGGCUUCCUCAUGGCCUUGGGUUUGAAUGGCCACCUCACAAAGCUUGCAACACUCAACAUCCAUGACUACUUGACAAAGGGUCAUGAGAUGACGAGUAUUGGGCUGUUGCUUGGAGUAUCAGCUGCCAAGCUAGGCACGAUGGAUAUGUCAAUCACUCGGCUGCUCAGUAUCCACAUACCUGCACUGCUACCACCAACUUCCACCGAGCUGGAUGUCCCUCAUAAUGUGCAAGUGGCAGCCGUGAUAGGGAUAGGUUUGGUGUACCAAGGCACAGCUCACAGGCACACUGCUGAGGUUCUGCUGUCAGAAAUAGGACGCCCCCCAGGUCCCGAAAUGGAGUAUUGCACUGACAGAGAGUCCUAUUCGCUGGCUGCUGGCUUAGCGUUGGGCAUGGUUUGUCUUGGCCAUGGCAGCAACUUGAUAGGCAUGUCGGACCUCAAUGUGCCUGAGCAGCUUUACCAGUAUAUGGUUGGGGGCCACCGGCGGUUUCAGGCUGGAAUGCACCGUGAAAAACACAAGUCUCCGAGUUACCAAAUUAAGGAAGGAGACACCAUAAACGUAGAUGUGACUUGCCCAGGUGCAACUCUGGCACUAGCAAUGAUCUAUCUAAAGACUAACAACAGGUCUAUCGCUGACUGGCUUCGAGCUCCAGACACAAUGUAUUUGUUGGACUUUGUGAAACCAGAAUUUCUUUUACUAAGGACACUUGCCCGAUGCUUGAUUUUAUGGGAUGACAUGCUGCCCAGCUCUAAGUGGAUCGACAGCAAUGUGCCGCAGAUUGUGAGGGAGAACAGCGUAUCCCUUCAUGCAACUGAAAUGCCUUCAUCAGAAGACCUGAAUUUGGAGACUCUGGCGCAGGCUCAUGUCUACAUCAUUGCUGGGGCCUGUUUGUCUUUGGGCUUUCGAUUUGCUGGUUCAGAAAAUCUGGCUGCCUUUAAUUGCUUGUACACAUUUGCAAAAGAUUUCAUGAAGUGUUUGUCCUCGGCUACAGCUUCCAUAGCAGGUCACUACAACUUGGAGACUUGCCUGAGCGUGGUGUUGCUCUCCCUUGCAAUGGUGAUGGCAGGAUCUGGAAACUUGAAGGUCCUCCAGCUCUGUCGUUUCAUGCACAAGAAGACUGGUGGGGAGAUGAACUAUGGAUUUCAUAUGGCCCAUCAUAUGGCCCUUGGACUCCUUUUUUUGGGAGGGGGAAGGUACUCACUUAGCACUUCCCGUUCUUCAAUCGCUGCUCUUCUUUGUGCGCUCUAUCCUCACUUCCCAGUUCACAGUACCGAUAACAGGUAUCACCUUCAGGCCUUGCGGCAUCUCUACGUCCUUGCAGCAGAACCCAGGCUCCUUGUCCCUGUGGAUGUGGAUACAGAUACUCCUUGCUAUGCGCUGCUAGAGGUUACUUACAAGGGAACUCAGUGGUAUGAAGAAACAACCGAAGAACUAAUGGCGCCCACCCUUCUCCCUGAACUGCACUUGCUGAAGCAGAUCAGAGUGAAAGGUCCUCGAUACUGGGAACUACUAAUUGAUUUAAGCAAAGGCACACACCAUUUAAAAUCAAUUCUUUCAAAAGACGGAGUCCUGUAUGUAAAAUUGAGAGCUGGGCAGCUUUCGUACAAGGAGGACCCAAUGGGUUGGCGAAGCCUGUUGGCACAAACGGUCACUCACCGGAACACGGAUGCCCGUGCAUUCAAGCCAGAAGCUAUUUCUGCUUUUACCUCUGAUCCUGCGCUGCUUUCAUUUGCUGACUACUUUUGCAAACCAGCUGCAAAUAUGGGGCAAAAACAGGAAGUGUUUGACCUUUACUCAUCUAUCCUCUAUGAGUGUGUUACUCAAGAGAAUCCAGAGAUGCUGCCGGCUUACAUUGCAAUUGACCAGGCUGUAAGAAGAUUAGAAAAAAGAGAAAUGUCAGAGACAUUUGACUUGUGGCAGAUAAAAUUGGUUCUAGAAUUUUUUAAUUCCAGAAGUCAUCAGGAGAGAAUGAGGAAAAAUCCACAACGAGGGCUUUUUAUGAACUCUGAGUUUUUGCCUGUGAUGAAGUGUUCUAUUGAUAAUACCUUGGAUCAAUGGCUGCAAGCUGGAGGUGAUGUCUGCUUGCACUCCUAUUUAAGUGGACAGCCUACUGAUGAAUCUCAGUUAAGCAUGUUGGCCUGUUUCCUCAUAUACCAUUCUGUCCCAACACCAGGGCAGCUUUUAGCUGGAGGCUUGGAAGGUAGUGCAAGCUUCUCUGAAUUGCUGUUGAAAUUCAAGCCACUGAGAAUGCCAGUCCGUGCACUGCUAAGACUCGCACCCCUGCUGCUGGGAAAUCCACAGUCAAUGGUUUUGUGAAAGCGACAACUUGAAUUUGAUACAACCGAGUGACCAAACUCCACUACCAAUAUAGUAUUUGACAUUAGAUGAAAGAUGCAUUGAUGAAGUCUGCUUUGUUUUUUAAGUUUACAAACUUACAUUUAAUAUGUUUUCCAUUCCCUUUUUAUGUUUUGAGAGUGAUAAAGAGAGGUUUAUAUAUUGUUGGACUGUUGACAUGCCUGUGUUAAUUAAUACAUAUACUUUUUGUAAAUAAAGCUUGUU